AUUAGAGCAUCAGUUAGUCAGUAGCCUACCAAGACACAAUACAGCAAGAAGUUUGGGUUGGGUCUUCAAAAUGCAGAGAACUCAGGGGACCAUGUCAGAACUAGAGAGUUCCAUGAUUACCAUCAUCCAGGUGUUCCAUAAAUACUCAGGCCACAAAUGCAAGCUGAAGAAGGCAGAGCUCAAAGAUCUUAUCAAUACUGAGAUGAGUCUCUUUAUCACUAAAAUCCAGGAGAAUGAGAUUCUGGACGAGCUGUUUGCAGACCUAGACCAGAACAGAGACCUGGAGAUUGACUUCCAAGAGUUCAUCGCGUUGAUUGCCAUGGUGACGUCCUCAUCCCACGACCUCUUCAACCAUUAG